CAAUGCGGAAUUGAUGACCUAUGUAUAAAUUAAUAAGAAUUCUUUGGAUUUCAAGAAAAAAAACAACUUUGCUGACAAUUAUUUGUUUGGUCAGAAGAGUCCUCCCAAUAUUUGGGUCUUGUAUUGAUAAUCAUUUUCAAUAUUUUUAGAAAUAGAGAAAAGAGGAUAGGCUCAUUCCAUAAUAAAUAUGGGGAAAUUUCCUAUAAGGAAUUGAGUGUGAGAGCCAAAUGAAUUGAAAGAUUCAUGUUUGGUUCGGGAAGAGAUCAUAGACAUUUUGAAAUGAAUGGAAAGAGAAUCUACUUUCAUUAAGUGAUUUAUUAGAUAAUCGAAAACAGAGAAUUUUGAGAACUAUUCGAAAUUCAGAAGAACUCCGGGAAACAGCCAUUGAACAGCUGGAAAAAGUCCGGGCCCGUUUAAGGAAAGUAGAAAUGGAAGCAGAUCGGUUUCGAGUGAAUGGUUAUGCCGAGAUAGAACGAGAAAAAUUGAAUUUAAUUAAUUCAAUUUAUACAAGUUUGGAACAAUUCGAAAAUGACAAAAAUAAAACCAUUCAUUUUGAACAACAAAGGGCGAUUAAUCAAGUCCAACAAAGUGUUUUACAACAAGCAUUACAAGGAGCUCUGGGAACUCUUAAUAGUUGCUUAAACAACGAGUUACAUUUACGUACGAUCGGUGCUACUAUUGGUAUGUUUGGGUCGAUGAAAGCAAAAAAUAACUGAUUAGUUGUUCUACUAUAGAACUGAUUAGUUGUUCUACUAUAAUAGAGAGUAUAGGGAAGACUUAUUUUUGUUUUUCUUCGAAAAAGAAUCAAAUUUAGAAAUAUUCAUGGUAACCAGUCGUGCAGAUGAAAUUAGUCAAAUUAUCCGUAAACGUAUUGAGCAAUAUAAUACCGAAGUAAAAAUUGUAAAUACAGGUACCGUACUUCAAGUAGGCGAUGGCAUUGCUCGUAUUUAUGGUCUUGAUGACGUAAUGGCAGGUGAAUUAGUAGAAUUUAAAGAGGGUAACGUAGGCAUUGCUUUGAAUUUGGAAUCAAAAAAUAUUGGUGUUGUAUUAAUGGGUGAUGGUUUGAUGAUACAAGAGGGAAGUUCCGUAAAAGCAACAGGAAGAAUUGCUCAGAUACCAGUAAGUGAGGGUUAUUUGGGUCGUGUUGUAAAUGCCCUAGCUAAACCUAUUGACGGUCGAGGAGAAAUUUCAACUUCGGAAUCUCGGUUAAUUGAAUCUCGCGCUCCCGGUAUUAUUUCCAGACGUUCCGUGUAUGAGCCUCUUCAAACAGGACUUAUUGCUAUUGAUUCUAUGAUCCCUAUAGGGCGUGGCCAGCGAGAAUUGAUUAUUGGGGACAGACAAACAGGUAAAACAGCAGCAGUAGCUACAGAUAUAGAAUAG